AAACUCUUCUACGAAACAUUCAAACUGUCGACCAAAUGGAAAUUGAGUUUCACUGUUCGGGUUACCAUCGACAGCUUCGAAGAAAAUCUGCGAUGUGAAAUGGUUGUCGUGGUCUUCUACCUGCUCAUGAAAGAAUUAAAAGAUCGGGUACCACAUCGUUCCGCAACGAACAAUUUGGAAAGAUGGCAAUGCUGUGACAAAGCGAUAAUAUGGUAUGCAAAAAAGUUUGAAAAAAACGCAGACAUGUUUUUAGAGGUUUUGAGCAAUGGAAGAACUAUGAAGAAACAUCUGUCAGCACCAGAUGGAGCGAAAAAGUACAAUACAAUUGGUCGAGUGAGUCGUUUGAAACCGCCCAGGACUGAAUGUUUCUUAAUCACUUAUUCGAAUGAAGUUUCUCUUUUUCAAAAUUUUAAGUUUUGAAUUUUGGUACUUGCACUCGUACUACGCAUGUUGUGUAAUGUACGUAAUAGAAGUAAUGCAGUAAGUACCCUGUUACGUUCCGUGCACGCCGUAGCCUGUUGUACCUACUCGUACGUACUCGUUCCGUACGUACCAUAUCGGAUGGGAUGGAUGGAACCGAUGCCUCGCGAUGCUUUGCAUCACCAUAUUUUUUAGCAUUGUGUGAUCAUCAUCUGGUAUCAUCGACGAUCUUCAUCCAAAACUGCUUGGAACAUUUCUUGCAUCCUCAUUCCUUUCUUUCAUCACUCGAUUACGUAGUCAUUUACAAUGGCGGCAUCACCGGUAAAUGUGUACACCGAGGAGAAGGCGCAGCGUCUAAUUCGAACCUUCUCAGCCUCCCUUGCGUUUUGCUUACUAAUUGGAUGGUUUGAAAUCAUGAUUUUGAGGCCCGCACAGGACAUGGCACAAGAAAUGGUAGGCAUUUAUUCUGAUUAUUAGCCGCUAAUAUGGAUUUGAAGUCGACGAUACCCGCUCUAUCGUUAUUCAGAGCAACAGAUAACUUUUAAAACGUCGGAUUUACAUUCCAUAAGAAUGUAUGACCUCACGCGAGGGAACCCGAGUCGUCGACCGUAGCAUCAUACGUCGUAUGAAGCCCGGCUCUUGACAAACGGCAGCUACCUAAGUGUAAAAUGACCAAAAAUUGCUGGAUGUCGUUUCCCUUCGUUAUGGCUGUCUACGUGCAGCGAGGUUGUAAUCAAAAUCGAGUUCACUUCAUACAAACUAACGAAUUCUUUGCUAUUCGAUUCUGUUUCUCGUAUGGGUAUGCCGAAACUCAGGAACAUUUGGACCCGUCAGAAAUCAUUAGCUUGCCAUUCCCACUGGUCAAUAGCACAAUAUUUGCGAUUUUACCAGUCUUUGUAUUAAUGAUUGUUUGGACGGUGUACAAUCCUUCUACGGUCGGGUGGAAAAUAUUGAGUUUGAUUAAAGUAACGGGAUUUAUUUUUGUCAUUUUCGGAUUGUGUGGGAAUGAUUUGAUUGCCACCUGGGAGCAUUCCGUGUCGGCUGCACUGUUCCUCGCUGCGUUGCUGUGCACGAAUUUGACAGAGAAGAGAACCUCAAAACUUUUGGAAGAGUUGCCGUUUUACGAUCACUCUGAUUUGUUGUCAACCAUUCGUUUGUACACAACUUUAGCAUUUAUUAUUCCGUUUUCCAUUCUGUCCGUACUGGAUCAUGGUGACCAAAAGCAACGGUGGCCGUGUCCUGUCUUCAUGGGAGGGACCUAUGGAUUCGCCUUCGGCUCGGUAGGUGGAAUCUUUCUUAACUACUUUAAAGCGAAGAAACUCGAGAAGGUCAAGAAUUGAACGAAAUAACGACCUGGGCAAUCUGAUGUAAUAUCAAAGUAGGAUGAAUAGUAUUGGACAAGAAGAUGGGAAAAAUGAAUUGGUGAGAUUCCUGAACUGUCCUUCGUUGACCAAUCCGUUUUGAUCGCUUCUUUCAUCGGGUUCACUUUCAGAUCAUCGAUCGAUUGUUUCGAUCUAGCAUUAGAGGUGUCAGAAUUUUUAGUGAAAUUAUAUAUUUUGAAUCUUCAUUUGAAAGAUGUUUUCUCAGCCCGUAUCCCCACAAGUUAUUAGUGGAAUUUGAUAAGAAUCAAGAGGAGUGUAGCGU